UCCUGACCCGCAGUCACUUCUUCACUCUGUCAGCAGCUUGUUUGUGUCCGCGCGGCGUUUUCUUUUAUUUGUUUGUUUGUUUGUUGACGUCACUCUGAUGCUGCAGCGGAUUACAGUUCAGCACGCGGCUGUUUAACGACUCACGGAGAGUCCGACCGGGACACCGGGACUAGUAUGAGCGUGCAGCCCCGGAGGAUUCGUCUGAAGCCCUGGCUGCUGGCCCAGGUGAACAGCGGCAGGUAUCCUGGUCUACAGUGGAUCAGUCCAGACCACCGACUCUUCCAGAUCCCCUGGAAACACGCUACACGCCACACGCAGGCCGCAGACGAGGAACACACCAUCUUCAAGGCCUGGGCCGUGGAGACAGGGAAGUAUCAGGACGGUGUGGAUGAGCCCGACCCUGCCAAGUGGAAAGCUAACCUCCGCUGCGCUCUGAACAAAAGUCGAGAGUUUCAGCUGAAAUACGACGGCACCAAAGAGACGCCGGUCCAGCCGUACAAGAUCUACGAAGUCUGCGAGCAGAGCGGGAACACAGACGGAGCAGAUGAGGAAGACGAGGAGAUGCCGAAUCUGAUGGAGCUCACGAUCAACCCCCGGCCCAGCGAGCCCCCCCUCUUCAGCUUCGCGGCCCAAGCAGACGUCCGUCCCUUCAGUCUGUCCUCUGACGGGACGUUUGGUCCCGUAACCCCCAGCCUCCCUGUGACCCCUGACCUCCAGGCUCAGGGUGGGGUGGGGGGGGGGCAGAGCUUCCCCCCUGGCUCCGCCCCCAUGGAGGCCAGCAGCAUGGAGGACGUCCAGAACCAAACACACUGCAAGUACGACCUGCUGAGCAGCGUCCCGCUAACGGACCUGGAGCUGAAGUUCCAGUACCGCGGCCGGCCGAUGGGCUGCCUGACCGUCAGUAACCCUCAGGGCUGCCGGCUGUUCUUCGGGCUGCUGGAGCCGACCCCGGAGCAGGUGGACCUGCUGGGGCCUGUCAGCCUGCAGCAGGUCCGGUUCCCCGGCACCGCUGAUCUGCAGAACCACAAGCAGAAGUUCUACACAGACGCCCUGCUGGACGUGAUGGAGCGCGGUCUGAUCCUGGAGAUCUGGCAGCAGGACAUCUACGCCGUGCGCCUCUGCCAGUGCAAGGUGUUCUGGUCCGGCCCGGGAGUGUCCGAACACGGAGGCCCAAACCCCAUGGAGCGGGAGAAGAAGAUCAAAGUGUUCAGCCUCAACGACUUCCUGCAAGGGCUGAUCCUGUUCCACCGAGGGGAAGCUGAGAGCCCGCCCCCCUUCGACAUCUUCUUCUGCUUCGGAGAGGAUUGGCCCGACAAGAAACCCAAAGAGAAGAAGCUCAUCAUCGUGCAGGUGGUGCCGGUGGUGGCCCGGAUCCUGACGGAGAUGUUCUCUGGAGAGCUGAGCUGGUCCACCGACAGCAUCCGGCUUCAGAUCUCAAACCCAGACGUCAAGGACCAGACUGUGGAGCAGUUCAAGGAGCUGCAGAGGCUGCUGCAGAACCAGCACAUCCAGGGCCCCUGGGCCCCCGCCGGGCCCUGAACACACCAUCCAAGGGCCCUGGGCCCCCACCGGGCCCUGAACACACCAUCCAAGGGCCCUGGGCACCCCGCCGGGCCCUGAACACACCAUCCAAGGGCCCUGGGCCCCCGCCGGGCCCUGAACGCACCAUCCAGGGGCCCUGAACGCAGCAAUCUUUAGGGAAAAAAAGAAUCUUCACUAACGGUACAGAUGUAAUGAAAACAAUGACGCUGAUUAAAGCAGAAGAGUCGGACUCUGACAGUUUGUCCUGACCUGUCUGCCUCGUCAUCAUCUUCAUCUUCAUCAUCAUCAUCAUCAUCUUCAUCUUCACCAGCUGCAGGACUGUCUAUACUGUCUAUACAGUUUUAUCAGAUUAACGGUCGAUAACAGCUGAUUUUACAGUUUAAACAUCUGAUCUGGUCUCAGUUUAAAGGAAAGCUUGGGAUGGUUUCAGAGUUAAAGGGUUAGCUCUUUCAGGUCUCUGCAUAUAUAAAUCUAUAUAUAUAGAUAUAUAUAUAUAUAUAUAGAUAUACAGUACAGGCCAAAAGUUUGGACACA